GUGGGGUCUGCAGAGGGUUUAAGGAGAGAAAGGGGCCAGGCAGAUGGAGAGGCCAAGGCCUAGAGGUAAAGCCGAUUGGUGUGUCAGCAAAAUCUGCCACAGGCUUUAGUGAUUCAAAAGGCAGACACAUUCUUUCAUCGCUGGUAAUCCUCAUCUGAUACAGGAUUUUCCUGCCAUUAAAUCUGGAGAAAGAAAAAAAGCUCUCAAACCUGCACAAGCAACUAUUCUUCCUUGACCCCAGUUCACCAGCACCCCCACCUUACUUCUCUGUUGGAGGGUUUUUAGCAUCUGUGGCUGCCUGACUUGGGAGAUGAAUGGGCUGGGGGAGCCCAAGGGUGCCUCAGAGGAGGAAGAGCAGGACCAGGCAGGACCCCCAGAACGGUAGGGGUCCCACAGGUGGGUGGUUGUAAGCCACCAGGUUCGUGAGAGGUCACGGGAUGCUGGUCCUGCUGCUGCCUGUGGUGGUCCUCAGCCUGCCCAGCGCCUGGGCAGAGAAGGCCUGCAAGAGCACCUGCCCAGAGGCCUGCUCCUGCAGCAGCUUGGAGCGCGGCUGCUUGGUGCGCUGUGACCGCGCUGGCCUCCUGCGGGUGCCAGCCGAGUUCCCGUGCGAGGCAGCCUCCAUUGAUCUGGACCGGAACGGCCUGCGCUUCCUGGGUGAGCGGGCCUUUGGCACGCUGCCGUCGCUACGUCGCCUGUCGCUACGCCACAACAAUCUGUCCUUCAUCACGCCUGGUGCCUUCAAGGGCCUGCCACGCCUGGCAGAGUUGCGCCUGGCACACAACGGCGAACUACGAUACUUGCAUGCGCGCACCUUCACCGCGCUGGGCCGCCUGCGCCGCCUGGACCUGACAGCCUGCCGCCUCUUUAGCGUGCCAGAGCGCCUUCUGGCUGAGCUUCCUGCCCUGCGGGAGCUCACCGCCUUCGACAACCUGUUUCGCCGCGUGCCAGGUGCGCUGCGUGGCCUGGCCAACCUGACGCAUGCGCACCUAGAGCGCAGCCGUAUAGAAGCAGUGGCCUCCAGCUCCCUGCAAGGCCUGAGGCGCCUGCGCUCACUUAGCCUGCAGGCUAACCGAGUGCGCAUGGUGCACACCGGUGCCUUCCGCGACUGCGGUGCCUUGGAGUACCUACUGCUCAAUGACAACCUGCUAGCCGAGUUGCCUGCUGAUGCCUUCCGUGGCCUGCGCCGCCUGCACACUCUCAACCUGGGUGGAAACUCCCUGGGCCAUGUGGCGCGCACAUGGUUUGCCAACCUGGCUGAACUCGAGCUGCUCUACCUGGAUCGCAACAGCAUCACCUUUGUGGAGGAGGGUGCCUUCCAGAACCUCUCAGGCCUCCUUGCUCUACACCUGAAUGGCAACCACCUCACUGUGCUCAACUGGGCUUCCUUCCAGCCUGGCUUCUUCCUGGGCCACCUCUUUCUUUUCCGCAACCCAUGGCGCUGUGACUGCGGCCUGGAGUGGCUGCAAGACUGGAUGGAGAGCUCUGGGCAUGUCACCGAUGUGCCUUGUGCCUCUCCGGGCUCUGUGGCCGGCCUGGACCUCAGCCAGGUGGCCUUUGGGCACUCCUCUGAUGGCCUCUGUAUGGACCCUGAGGAUCUGAACCUCACUGCAUCCAGCCCAGGCCCACCUUCAGAGACAGUGGCUACUACUGUGAACAUGUUCAGCAGUCUUCUCUCCAAGCUGCUGGCUCCGAUGGCCCCAGUGGAGGAGUCCACCAACAUCACCACAGGGCUAGUCAAUGCCUCACUGUCUGAUAUCCUUCCCUCGGUUGGGGUGGGAAGCUCAGGCCACAACACCUUAUUUCUCUUUGGCUCUAGUCUCCUGCUUAGUGUGGCCCAGCACGUGGUGUUUAUCCUGCAGACAUGCUGACCCUGCCACACUGGGGUGGCAUUGGCCAGUGGGGGAUAAUAUACUUAAUUGGGUUUGAAGGUGUUCAUGGUCGGGGAACAGGAUGGGAACAGGUGGUGAAAUUCCAGUGGAAGAUGGAAGGAACAGUUUGCCUCCAGAGGUGGCCCUAGGUCAACAUUCUGGUAUGGAUGUCUGCUUAUGUCAUGUGGGCAUCAAUUGGAAAAGAGAAGCAAGAAUGGACAUGGACCUUCUUACCAGAAGGCUAGGAAUUGGAAACUCUUAGGGCCUCAAGGCUCCACCUCCAUCCCUCCUCCCAAUACCCCCCCCCAUCUCCCAGGAAACAGGGACUGCAAUAUCUGAAUUAGAGUCAGUUUAUUGGCUAAGAAUUAAGUACUGUGCUAAUUCUCCUGAUGGGGCAACUCGUAAGACUCAAUCCCUUUGUUUUCUACCACAAUCCUCUUCCCCCUGGGCCUGAGGACACUAAGGUCCAGGAAAAUGGACAGGAUAGGAGAGAAGGGGGAUGGGAGAGGGACUUAGACCUAUGGGUGGUGGCAGUUCCUGGAGUCUGAGAUAUGUUAGGGGUGGUUAAAACAAAGAUCCAUUUCAUUUACUCCAUAAUUAUUCUCAGAGGUGACUUUAGGCAGAAAGGAACUUUAGGGAAGGGUAGGGAAAAAAGAGGGGGUAAUAUCUGUGGACAAAUAAGUUUGUAACAUCCUAAGAUUUAAAAAAAGUUUACAGGUUUUACUAUUGUGGGACUUUUAAGAGUCUUUCAAUUUGCAAACAUGCAUUGUGAAUCUCUGGAGAGGCCACAAAAUCUUUUCUUAGUGUUUUGUGUGAAGAGUGUCCAGAAGACACAGAAAUGCUAUGUUAGCAGGACAGGGAGUCUCCAGCUUGGAUGAUCCUAUUAGCUGUGGAAAUUAUUAUGGGCUGCACACUUUGGGGCUGACUAAAUGCCAAGAGGAAAGGAGGCAGCAAGUAGCUAGGGAGGGAAGCUGAGAUAUUUCCCAGGGAGGGAGUUGGCCAACUGUCAGAGCAAAGACUGUAUGUCUGCUAAACACUUGUUCAAGCUGUUCUCCAUACACAGGUAGUGAUGACUACAUUUGUCAACAUUCUGGAAAUCCCUAAUUUUUGUGUCCUGAAUUCCUCUCUGUGUAUUUGAAGAGGUGGGUUUUCUUUGGUUUUUUUUUCUUUUUUAACUUUAAAGACAUUUUUGCUAAUAUAUCACCCAGAUAAAUGAGAAGAUAUUGAUAUUUUACAAAGGGAAGCACCUAUUACAAAUUUUUAUAUUUAUACAACACAUGGAUGCUCAAAACUGCAUAGACAAAUGUGAAUAUACCCUAGUAAAGUAUGUAUGUACAUAUAUACAUUUAUAUAUAUUUUUGAGUUCUGUAAAUAUGCUAGUCCAAGGAAUAGGAAGUGUAAUAAGAAUUGCAUAAAGGAACUCAAGGUGCAUUUCUUUCAUCCAACUUUUUCUUAAGAAAACUUUAAAAAAUUACUAUAGAUGUGACUUCUUUGUACUCCCUAACUUCAUUUUUAUGCCAGCAGAAAAUAUAUUUCCUACUGUUGUUAUAAAAGGUGUUGGGUUUUCAAAGCCUACCCAGGUUCAAGGUGCAUCAAGUUGUCAGUUCUUCCUGGUGACCGUACUUCUUGUGUAUCUCUAGGUAAUAUUAUGUAUUAGAAAUGUUGCAGAAAGGACCACUGAGAGGUGUGUUCAAACAGGUUGUGACUGUUAGUGGUCAUUAACUCAAUAUAAGAAGUCGUAACCACCAUGUCAAAAACAAGAUGGAAUGCAAAAGUCAUAGAGCAUCACCUGUAAUAUUAUAGGAGUACACAUUGUUUUGUGAAACUUUUUAUUUAAUUUGUAUGCAUUUGUUCAGAUUAUAUAUGCGUAUAUCUGGAUUGCUUAAUACAAUCUAUAUUUUAUUGUGGGUUAGCAUUAAAAAAAGUUUGAAAGUCACUAAUCUGGAA